UUAUACAAUAACGGUGGUUUCUCAUCUUACGGAUGCCCACGACUUGGAAGGCAUCAAAAUUAUUUUGCGUUGGCUGUCGUACAUCCCAAAUGCUAGGGUUCGCCUCUCCCUAUCAAUCCGAUUUACGAUUUCAGUGAACGUGAAAUUAAGUAUGUGCCAACCAAAGCGCCUUACGAUCUUCGAUGGCUCCUAUCUAGAAGGCAAAACCCCGUUGCAUCCGGACGAAUGGGAAUAUGGUUUCUUUGAGCGAGGAUCAUUUGAUGAGAUUAGGGCUACUUGGGUGCAAACUGUCAUUUGUGGCAUGGCAAGAUUAGAUGGUAUCAUUGUAGGAGUUGUUGCCAUCGAGACGCGCAUGGUAGAACUAAUUGUGCCUGUUGAUUCCGCCAACCUUGAUUCUGAAGCCAAAGUGAUCUCACAAGCUGGACAGAUCUGGUUCCCUGAUUCCGCCUAUAAGACGGUUCAAAUUAGUCUAGAUUUUAGCCGUGAAGACUUGCCAUUGAUCAUUUUUACCGAUUGGCGUGGUUUUUCGGGAGGAAGGAAGGAAAGCGAUGAGCAGGUGGUUAAAUUCGGCGCAUAUAUUGUGGGCGCAUUACGUGAAUGUAAACAACCCGUAAUGGUCUAAAUCCCACCAUUUCCCGAGCUUCGAAGGGGAGCCUGGGUCAUCAUUGACCCAACUAUGAACGAAUCGUACUUGGAAAUGUAUGUGGAUCCAGAAUCGCGCGCAGGCGUUUUAUGGACCGGAGGACGUAGUCAAAGCCAAGUUCAAACUCAAAUACUUGCUCAAGACUAGUGCAUGCAUUGAUCUAGUCAUCCAUGAACUGCGCGAAAAACUGUCCAAGCCGGAAUUGUGCCGAGCAGACAAAAAAGAAGCCUUGAGCAGCAACUAAAUCAACGUGAAGAUUUACUAGCCUCAAUGCAUGG